AGGAAAAAGACCUCUACCCAUACGUCUUUGUUUUACUCAGUGGGACUCGCAGGAACUUUGGUGUCAGAAGAUGAGCGAAGAGGUCGAGUGGGUGUAUAGAUGGGAGUGAGUUUGGAGAGGUACUGAGGAACGCUGCUAGAAACAGUAAAGUCAUAGUGGAAAGUUAGUAGUCAUAGGGUCCGUGUUUGGCAUCCAGGGAAGAGAGCAAACGAUAGGUGAUUAAUGUUCGUAUCUAGAUGGUCUACAAAUGAGCCAUUUCCACCACUUAAACAUGACCUUCUGCUUCGAGCUGCACGGGGUGAAAAGACAGAGCGGGUUCCAGUAUGGGUUAUGAGACAAGCUGGCAGAUACCUUCCAGAGUACAGGGUAGCUAAAGGGAAUAAAAAAUUUUUUGAAACAUGCAGAGAUCCAGAGCUGGUUAGUGAACUUACAAUACAACCUAUCAAUCGUUUUCCACUGGAUGCUGCCAUCAUCUUCUCUGACAUUUUAGUGAUUCCUAUUGCACUGGGUAUGAAAGUUGCAAAUGAUCCAGGAGAGGGUCCAGUGUUUGCUGAGCCAAUACAGAAAGCAGAAGAUGUAGACAAACUGAAUCCUGACUUUGACAUCCUUGCAGAGCUUGGUUAUGUGUAUGAAGCAAUCACACUCACCAGGCACAAGCUGGAUGGCAGGGUCCCUCUUUUUGGCUUCAGUGGAGCUCCAUUUACACUCCUCCGUUUCAUGAUUGAAAAUGUUAGUGCUGGUCCAAAUGUUGGCCGUGCUCGGAGAUUCCUUGUAGAGUGUCCAGAGUCAUCCAUCCGUCUUUUGAACAUCUUAAAAGAUGCCAUUGUGCGCCACCUCGUAGAACAGAUUAUCGCUGGCGCACAGAUUGUUCAAGUGUUUGACUCAUAUGCAGGCGAACUGGGACCAGGACUGUUUUUCCGUUAUGAACUACCAAUGUUAAAGGCUAUAGCAUAUGAAGUCAGAGAAAAACUAGCAGAAAGAAAGACUGAUGCUGUACCCAUGGUAAUAUUUGCAAAAGACGCUCACUUUGCAAUUGAGGAGCUAUCCAAAAGUGGUUAUGAGGUUGUUGGGCUUGACUGGACAAUCCAACCUCUCCAUGCUAGGCGUGUGGCAGGUUCAAAGGUGACUUUACAGGGAAAUAUGGAUCCUGUAAUGAUGUUUGCAUCUAAGGAUGAAAUCCGUAAAGGUGUGAAGGAGAUGUUGGAGAAAUUUGGGACCCAGCGUUAUAUUGCAAACCUUGGACAUGGUAUCUUAAAGGAUACAAAUCCAGACCACCUUGCUGAAUUCAUCAAUGCAGUUCACACUUACUCAGAAGACAUGAAUGCUGUAUCUUAGAACACAUCUUUAUCUAAUGGGAGUUGCUAGGCAGGUUCUGUCUUCAUAAUUUUUUUCCUAGGAAGACACAGUUACUUCAUUAUGCACCUCUAGUCUGCAAGUAUUAUCAAAACAAUUUUGCUGUCAUUACAAGUGAAAUGGAAAGUCUCUUGUACUGUUUGCUAUUUGGUAAACUUUAUUUUUACACCUUUAUGGAAAUUCAUGGAAUGAAAAUAUAUUUUGAGAGCACCUUUUGCAACUAAAAGACGAUGGCAAUAAAAAAAGUGUAGCAUUUAUCGUGA